AUGGCGACGACCACGGCAGCAGCAACGGCCAUCCUCAACCACACCUCCCGGCCCUACAACUUCCGCUUCUCGCCCUUCCUCCGCGCGACCCACCAGGUCGGCCUGCCGGUCGACCGCCCCGUAUGCAGAGCCUACCAGGCGGGCUCGUGCCCCAACGGCACGCGCUGCACGGAGCGCCACGUCCAGGACGCCUCCAAGUCGACCCAGCAGUCGGGCGGGCUCAACUCGCUCGUCUGCAAGCACUGGCUGCGCGGGCUGUGCAAGAAGGGCGAGCACUGCGAGUUCCUGCACGAGUACAACCUGCGCAAGAUGCCCGAGUGCAACUUCUUCAUGCGCAACGGGUACUGCUCCAACGGGGAGGACUGCCUGUACCUGCACGUCGACCCGUCGUCCAGGCUGCCGCCCUGCCCGCACUACGACAUGGGCUUCUGCCCGCUCGGGCCGGCGUGCUCCAAGAAGCACGUGAGGAGGAAGGUGUGCGUCUUCUACCUGGCGGGGUUCUGCCCCGACGGGCCCGAGUGCAGGAGCGCGCAUCCCAAGUGGAGGAAGGACUUGGACAAGCCGACGUUGAAGACGGAGGAGAAGAGGGAUGAGAAGCCGGAUGGGUACGGCCAUGCCGACGGGGCGGGCUCGGCGAGGGCGGACGAAGACGCGGAACGGGAUAGGGAUAGGGACAGGGACAGGGACAGGGACAGGGAUAGGGACCGGGACCGGGACCGGGACCGCGAGAGGGAUCGGGGAAGGGAUCGGGGGGAUCGGGACGACGGGAGGUUUGGUCGGCACAGAGGAGGUGGCGGUGGCAAGUGGAGGGGGCGUGGAGGCAGGUUCAGAGGGCGAGGGCAUUGA